AUCUGGAUUGUACUCGCUUCACCUCCCGUCAAUCCUGCUACCCCAGACGCUAAGCCAGCCAUCUCACGCAUGCGCCCCACGGAAGAGAAGAAACGGCUCAAUCGGCUCAUCGUCGCUUUUGUGGUGGCUAUGAAGCAUUAUCUCCGGGCAGAAGGCAGGGUGCAUCACCAGGAUCUCGAAGGUGAGCUUGGUCAAGCGCGGUCUCGGAAUCAGACGUCGUCAAUACCGGCUCAACCCCCCAAGAUGGAUCUCACCAACCCUCCCCUUACCCCCUCGCUAUCAGUCCAUCCGGCAUCCUCCGAAACAGACGCAGAGGCGCAUCUCGGCCUAUGUCCUACCUCUCCCACUCACCUCUCGCAAUUCCCAUCCCAAUCCAACGGGUUCAAGAACGCCUUUUCCCGCUUGCGCGAGCGAGCACCAUUGAAGCGGCGUCCCACGGCCGUAUGUGUCUCGGAGGACCGGUAUGACCACAAGUCCCAGCGAGAGCGGUCAUCUCCCCGGAUAAUCAGGCCGAGCGCGAAUGAGCGGACACCGUUGAUCAAGGCGGGGGUGAAGCUGGAUACUAGGUGGACGGGGGAUGAAGCGAAGGCGGAGGUGGGGCUGGGGAGGAUGGUAGAGCUGGGCCUACCGCUCAUCAUUCGGACUAUCUUCCGUUUCAGGCGGAUGGGAUGCUUGGAAGCGGUCGGACCGGCGGGUAUGAAUGCUAUGCAAGCUUUGGUCCAAAGCAUGACGGACCAGCUUGGCGCAAUGGAGCGAAUUGUUCAAACUCCAAUUCCGGUCAUCUUCGGCGUCCACCUCAAGCAGACCGUUACGCUCUUCCUCUUCAUCCUGCCAUUCACCCUCGUUGAUCUGAUGGGGUGGAAGAUGGUAUUCAUCGUGACGUGCGGUGCGUUCACUAUGAUGGGUGUAGAGCAUAUCGCGGCGCAGGUGGAGAUGCCUUUUGGGACGGAUGCGUGUGAUCUGAACCUGGAUCUGUACUGUAACGAGCUCCUGUACGAGUGCGAGGCUAUUCUGGAGCGACUUCCAGAAGGAGACGAGGACGACUUCGAGCCGUUCACCCGCUCGGAGCGGCAGAGGGAGGUGGACCAUGCUGCGGAUGACGACGGCGCGGAUGAUGGCGAUGCGGACUAG